CCGAAAGUAAACUCCAUUUUGAGACGAGUGAUCGCAGAUCCGAACACUGACGUAGUGAAGCAGGGCUGACUUCAGACCAGACAUGAGUGUUUGUCUAAAGGAGGAGGAGGACAGAGAAGAGUCUCCUCCUGUGCCUAGCUGGUUAGAAGAUUUACAUUUGGUCUGCAUAAGUGAACCUGAACUUUCACACUCAAAAUUUGAGUCCAGCAGACCGAGAUCAGAGUCUCCUGUACCCAGCUGUCUGUCUAUGAAGAGUGACCUCUCCAAAGAUAUUCCAUUAAACUUCAGAAAUGAUCCUGAACUUUCACACUCAAAAUUUGAGUCCAGCAGACAGAGAUCAGAGUCUCCUGUACCCAGCUGUCUGUCUAUGAAGAGUGACCUCUCCAAAGAUAUUCCAUUAAACUUCAGAAAUGAUCCUGAACUUUCACACUCAAAACAGAGGAAGAGGAGUCGUAUUAUGGAGGAGCAGCCAUCCUGCUGUGCUGUGUGUCUGGGCGUCCUGAUUGAUCCAGUCUUUACCAGCUGUAGACACUGGUUUUGCAGACAGUGCAUUACCUUCUGCUGGACCCAGUCUGGUCCAACAGGAGUCUACUGUCCACAAUGUGGAACCAGAAUAGGACCUGGACUGCAGAUACUCAGCCAGACCAGCACUGAACAAUCAAAAACUGGUCUGCUGGAGGUUUUGGAUGAACAUAAAGUCAAUCUGAGGAGUAGAUGUGAACGUGUGACUGAAGGAAGUGAUGAAGCAGGAAUUAGAACCCUCCUCAACAAGAUCUACACUGAGCUCUACAUCACAGAGGGGCAGAGUGAAGAGGUGAACAUGCAACAUGAGGUGAGACAGCUUGAGAAAGCUUGCCAGUUGAAGACCCUCCAUGACACACCGAUCAAGUGCCAGGACAUCUUUAAAGCCUUCCCUGACCAACAGAAACACAUCAGAGUGGUUCUGACAAACGGCGUCGCUGGUGUUGGAAAAACUUUCUCAGUGCAGAAGUUCACUCUGGACUGGGCAGAGGGCUCAGGAAACCAAGACGUCAGUCUGGUGAUUCUGCUUUCAUUCAGGGAGCUGAACUUGAUCAGAAAUGAGCGUUGCAGUCUUCUUCAGCUGCUCCAUGUUUUCCAUCCAACAUUACAGAAGGUCACAGCAGAGACGCUCGCUCUCUGUAAACUGUUGUUCAUCUUUGACGGCCUGGAUGAAAGCAGACUUUAUUUCGAUUUCCAAAACAGUGAGGUUGUUUCUGAUGUCACUCAGAAGUCAUCAUUAAAUACACUGUUAACAAACCUCAUCAAAGGGAAUCUGCUUCCCUCAGCUCUCAUCUGGAUAACCUCUCGACCUGCAGCAGCCAAUCAGAUCCCUCCUUCAUGUGUUGACAGGCUAACAGAAGUACGAGGCUUCACUGACGCCCAGAAGGAGGAGUACUUCAGGAGGAGGUUCAGUGAUGAGAAUCUGUCCAGCAGAAUCAUCUCACAUAUCAAGGCAUCCAGGAGCCUCCACAUCAUGUGUCUGAUCCCUGUCUUCUGCUGGAUCACUGCUACAGUUCUGGAGCAUAUGAUGACCACAGAGCAGAGAGGAGAGCUGCCCAAGACCCUGACUGACAUGUACUCACACUUCCUGCUGGUUCAGACAAAGAGGAAGAAGAUCAAGUAUGAUCAGGGACAUGAGACAAAUUCACAUGAGCUGAUGGAGGCUGACAGGGAGGUUCUUCUGAAGCUGGGGAGGCUGGCAUUUGAACAUCUAAAGAAUGGAAACAUCAUGUUCUACCAAGAAGACCUAGAGAGGUGUGGUCUGGAUGUCACAGAGGCCUCGGUGUACUCAGGAGUUUGUACAGAGGUCUUCAAACAAGAGUGUGUGAUCUUCCAGAAAAAAGUCUACUGCUUUGUUCAUCUGAGCGUUCAGGAGUUCCUGGCUGCAGUCUACACGUUGCAUUGUUACACAGACUGGAACAGAAAGGAACUGGCAUCUUUUCUCGGGCAAAAACACGUAGAUACAACCCUGGAUGUUCUCAUUAACGGAGCAACAUUAAAAUCUCUGCGAAGUAAAAAUGGCCACCUUGACCUGUUUGUUCGCUUCCUUCAUGGCCUGUCUCUGGAGUCUAACCAGAUACUCUUAGGAGGCCUUCUGGUUCGCACAGACAACAGUCCAGAAAUGAUCCAAAGAAUCAUCAACAACCUGAAGAAGAAGAAGACCACAAUUUCUCCUGACAGAAGCAUCAACAUUUUCAACUGUCUGAUGGAGAUGAACGACCUCUCAGUACAUCAAGAGAUCCAAGAGUUCCUGAAGUCAGAGAACAGAUCAGAGAAGAAACUCUCUGAAAUCCACUGCUCUGCUCUGGCCUACAUGCUGCAGAUGUCAGAGAAGGUAUUGGAUGAGUUUGACCUGCAGAAGUACAACACAACACAAGCGGGAUGGCUGAGACUGAUUCCAGCUGUGAGGAACUGCAAGAAGGCUGUACUUUGUGCCGUUGGUCUCUCAGGGACUCACUUUGAAGUCGUGGCCUCGGCUCUGAAGUCCAACCCCUCCCAUCUGAGGGAGCUGGACCUAAGCUCCAACAAGCUGCAGGAUUCAGAAGUCAAGCUGCUGUCUGCUGGACUUGAGAGUCCAAACUGCAGACUGGAGACUCUGAGAUUAAGUGGCUGCAGUUUGUCAGAGACCAGCUGUGCUUCUCUGGCUUCAGCUCUGAAGUCCAACCCCUACUAUUUAAGGGAGCUGCAACUGAGUGAUAACAAGCUGCAGGAUUCAGGAGUGAAGCUGCUGUCUGAUUUUCUGGAGAGUCCAUACUGUAAACUGGAGACUCUGGGGUUGAGGUACUGCAGUUUGUCAGAGAUCAGCUGUUGUUCUCUGGCCUCAGUGCUAAGGUCCAACCCCUCCCAUCUGAGAGAGCUGGAUCUGGGUGAGAACGAGCUGCAGGAUUCAGUAGUGGAGCUGCUGUGUGAGUUUCUGCAGAGUCCAAACUGUAGAGUAGAGACUGUGAGAUUAAGUGGCUGCAGUUUGUCAGAGAUCAGCUGUUCAAAUCUGGCCUCAGCCCUGUGGUCCAACCCGUUCUAUCUGAGGGAGCUGCAGCUGAGCAGUAACAAGCUGCAGGAUUCAGGAGUGAAGCUGCUGUGCAGCUUUCUGAGGAGUUCAAGCUGUAGAUUGGAGACUCUGAGGUUGAGUUACUGCAGUUUGUCAGAGAUCAGCUGUUCUUCUCUGGCCUCAGCGCUGAAGUCCAACCCCUCCCAUCUGAGAGAGCUGGAGCUGAGUUACAACAGCCUAAAGGAUUCAGGAGUGAAGCUGCUGUGCGAUUUUCUGCACAGUCCAAACUGCAGACUGGAGACUCUGAGAUUGCUGGGUUGCAGUUUGUAUGAGAUCAGCUGUUCUUCUCUGGCCUCAGCUCUGAAGUCCAACCCCUCCCAUCUGAGAGAGCUGGACCUGAGUAACAACAACCUGAAGGAUUCAGAGGUGAAGCUGCUGUGUGAGCUUGUGAAGAGUCCAAACUGCAGACUGGAGACUCUGAGAUGGAAAUGAUCUGUGUCUGAGUCAUCAGAGAGGAGUUCUACUGAGAGAGGAUCAGCUGUGUCUUGAUCCAGAGAGGUCAGGGCAACAACGAAGCAAGUUCGAUGUAACCGGGCGGUCUUUAAGUUACGUGGCUCGUGAAACUGUACACAGCCCUUGUUAUCCAUGCUUUUCUUCCUCUUUUUCUAAAAGUAACACAGUUAACACAGUUAUCGCAUUUAGUGGGAAAAUCGCUUUGAAAAAAAGCACAGAAGUGUAGACACUGCUGCUGCGGCUAGGGAAAGAUAACCGCAGCUGCAAUAAUAAAAGAUACCAAAGCAUGAUGCCCAUUAUUACAACUUUGGGAAUUGCGAAGAUUGUGAAGAUUUGACCCCAUCAGAGUUUCAUGUAUUUUAUUGAUUGAAAAGGAUCUGUGGCAAUCAAUAAAGACUAGUUGAUAUGUGAAACUGUUUAAUUUCAAAUGAUGAUCCACAUCGUCAUUUUGAAGGAUCAUCAUCAUUCAGUCAUUGUAUGGAUUGUCUGCUUUGUACCAUGUAAAGGCUUAAUAUAACCUGAAGUUAACAAGGUGGGCAGAUUUUCUGUCAUGAACCUGAUCCUUAGACAUCACAGAAAUGUAUAGAGAUACGAACAGAUCAUGCUGCUGAAGCUGCAGAGCUUCAUUAAAUGACUAAAGUAAACAUUUCAAUCGAGAUGUUUUCAUACAGAAAGAUUCCCUCAGCUAAGAAUCAUAAUCUGAGACAGACCACUCUUUUUAAAGCUGGUCUGAAACUCUGAACAUCACCUCCUAAACAGCAGGUUGAUGUUCAUUUCUUUUUUUUUUAGCACAUAUUGAAAUCUAGGUUCAUAGGUUCUAGGUUCAGGUGGUUUUACCAUUAGGCAAGUGAAAAUGCAAGUGUAGGAGCCGAAUUAGUGGGUGUACUGCAUAAUUAUGUAUCAUAUUUCAAUGAUAAUGUUUUGUAUGUUUAUUUACUUAUAUUGGGGACUAGAUUGUGAUUGUCGUAUCUGAUUGGUCAGGUGAUAUUGUCAGGUGUUUAUAGGUCACAGGGUGAACAGGAAGUUGGUGGCAAAGGUGGUGGGAACAGCGUAAACGAACGUAGACAAACCAAUAUAUCCCGGCAACAAUUAUUAAUCACUUAAUAUCAUCAUCACAGUUUGUCUGCGUCAUCGUUCACAAUAAGAAAACUUCACCCAAAGUAAUUACAUUUUGGACAUUUGUUUAUUUUUUAAUUUUGUCAACACUGUUCCAUACACCUAUGUAUGUAAGUAAGUAUGGUUUGAACAUUUAGACAUUAGAUAGUCAGUACAGCAAGAUUUGAGUUGCGUUGAGGAAGAAAUUGUUCUCUGAUGCUAAAAUGAUUAUCAGCGGCUUUUAUUUUUGUCUGGGUGUUUUGUAUAUUCAAGUCUUUUUUUCUGUUCUGUACUCACUUUUGAAGUGAUUAAUAAUAAUAAAAAAAAGAAUCGUGAUCACUGUGUGCAUUUUCCUUUAUUUGAGCCUUUAUUCAGUCUCGACAACAAUUUUGUUCACCAUGUUCUGUUGGGAUGAGAUGUGUUUUCUGCACUGCAACACUCAAUAAAGAUCUUGGACUACAAUA